AUGCAGGUUCCUCUACUUCGUCUGCAAUGCGGCGUGAACUCGUACGCCUGGGGAAAGAAGGGCAACGAUUCUGCCGCUGCGCGAUUUGCGGCCGCUACGCCCUCCGAUGACCUGAAGAUCGAGUCUGAUACUCCAUACGCAGAGUUGUGGAUGGGAACUCAUCCCUCGAACCCUUCUCGAGACCUCAACACCGGCCGAACCCUCCUCGAUCUCUGCGAGGACAACCAGUCCCUCCUCUCGCAAACCAUCUCCUCCCACUACGGCAACAAGCUCCCCUUCCUCUUCAAGGUGCUCUCCAUCGCAAAAGCGCUCUCGAUCCAAGCCCACCCCAACAAGAAACUCGCCGAGCAACUCCACGCUCGCGACGCAAAGAACUACCCCGAUGACAACCACAAGCCCGAAAUGGCCAUCGCCAUUACCCCCUUUGAGGGUCUCUGCGGUUUCCGACCCCUCAAUGAGAUCGCUCACUUCCUCGACACAGUGCCUGCGCUGAGAGCGCUCGUGGGCGAAGAAGCUGCGAAGGAGUUUGCGCAGGUUGCUAAAGAUGGUGACGAGGGUGUUACCGAUGAGAAGAAGAAGUUCUUGAAGAAGGCUUUUGGCGCGCUCAUGGCGUCGUCUGCCGAGGAUAUUGCUGAGCAGAUGCCCAAGCUUGUUGAGCAGGCGGAGAAGGAGGGCGCUGAUUUCGCUGGCGGUGGUGUCCCUGCUACUUCUGGCGAGAAGCUCGCUGAGCUUGUGAAGCGAACACACGGCGAGUUUGGCGACGACAUUGGAUGCUUUGUGCUCUUCUUCCUCAACUUUGUCACACUGGAACCUGGUGAGGCUUUGUUCCUUGUCGCCGACGACAUUCACGCCUACAUUUCCGGCGACAUCAUGGAGUGCAUGGCAGCUUCUGACAACGUUGUCCGCGCUGGUUUCACACCCAAGUUCAAGGACGUCUCAACCCUCGUCGACAUGCUGACCUACAACUUUGCGCCCAUUGAGCAACAAAAGAUGACACCCACCGAAUAUCCCUACGCAACUCUCAACCGCAACGCCUACAGCUCCGGCUCAGGGGUAGUGCUCUACGACCCGCCCAUCGAGGAAUUCAGCGUCGUGCGCACCCUGCUUCGCGGUGACGGCGCAAAGGCUACUUUUGAGCCUAUUGAGGGACCUAGCAUUGUAAUCUGCACGAGUGGAAAGGGAAGAAUCGCUGUUGGGCCUACGAGCUAUGAGAUGAAGGAGGGGUACGUGUACUUUGUGGGUGCUACGGCUGAGCUUGUGCUUGAGAGUGAGGGGGGCGAGGAUGAUGAGUUUACGACGUUCAAGGCGUUUUGUGAGAUCGAUGAUUCUGAGAAGCAGAAGCUAUAG